AAGCAAAACGACAAUUAAAAAGACACAACGGUUCGGGUAUAACAAACAAAAACCAACAAAACAACCCAGACUCAACAGAAGGAAGAACAAGAACCGAGGGGUAACACAACACAUUCCCAACUUUACAAAGAGAGGCAAAAUGGCAGCAUAUUUACCAGUCCAGAAUUGGAGAGACGAAGAGAGCCCAAGACGCCCUGAAAGGAGAGAAUCCCGUCGCUUAAUUUCAGAAAGAAGCCCGCAACGCCCCGACCGCAACCCACAUCCACCAGAAGCCCACCCAGCCCGCGAACCAGCACCAGUACCCAAUAGAAGCAACCCAGCCCGACACUUCGAACGCCGCCCGAGUCCUGAUCGCAGUCACCGUAGCCGUUCUGAAAAUAGACCAGCCCCCAGAGCUAGAGGAGCACGGCCAGGCCAUUGGCAAUACUCCUGCGGACUGUGUCAGCAGGACCAUGCUCUGAGCUCGUGCCAGCGGUUUAAAGACCAAACUCCGUAUCAGAGAUACGAAACCACUGAGCGGCGGGGAUACUGUCGAAACUGUCUGGCACGAUCGCAUUUGGCCCCCGAUUGUCCAUGCAUUACGGGUUGCCGACGAUGCGAUUAUCGACACCACACCAUGCUACAUGGGGCGCCACAGCUCGAGGAUACCCUACAGCCCGCUCAAAUAAACGAGCCGCCUUUUUCGUGGGAUCUCGUCUUUGUACCCACUGUCAUGCUGCGAGUUACCACCGAAGAUAUAGACACCCACUAUACGAUACGGGCGUUGCUGAGUAAGUCAGCUGUAAUGUCCCGCAUAGGGUACUCUACCUUCCAACGGAUGGGUCUGAGGUCAUUUUUAUACCAAGAUCGUCGUUUUACGACCUUCAAAAUAAUGAGCCGGCGAUCUAAUUCAACAUGGGCGCUGAAGGUCAAUGCUCUUGUGACAGAUGAGCUGCCGAGACGAAUUUAUUCAGACCCCAUACUAGAUGACCCAACCUCAUAUUUUACAGAGCAAGCACUUGCGGACCCAGACCCUAGAAGCAAUGUACCCAUAGACUUGGAAUUAGGCGCAGACACGUAUUCUGCCAUAAGAAAAGAUGGAUGUACCGCGGCUGGAGUGGGUGAUGUUCAGGCGUACAACACUAACAUGGGAUAUGUCUUCGCUGGACCAAUUAGGAACAUGCCAUCGAUGUGAAAAGACGCAUAUUAGCACGGAGUCAUGGGGGCGGAGAAUGUAUGGUCAGUGACCAUACUUUUGGUCGCUACUGUGCGUUUGAAUUUUAAAUUUUUCGGCUAGCGGUACACAAUAUGUACAUUGGUGCAUAUUAACAAAUACAUGCAUACGUGCUGCCGCUAGCCAAGCACUUUCCAAUAAAUCCUGGAAUAUUCAACAGCUCUGGCAGCCCAAAGCCAGAAUAUUCCCGGACAGUUCGUCAAACAUCUUGAGAGCGACAACAUACAAAUCGAGUGCCCCGUGAAUCGACAAGUGCCCGCGAAAAUCAUCAAAUCGAAUCGUGAAGCAAACUAGUUAAAAAUUAAAUUUAAAAUUACAUUACACAGCAUUACAUUAUAAAGAACAACAUUAACAUUGUACAAACACCAAAAAAAUUGAAUUACAACAUUGUACACAAUUAACAGAAAACAAAUUCUAAAUUAAACAAAUUAAGUUACAACAAACAAAAUUAUACAUUAAACGAAUCAAACAUUUGUACAUACACACAAACAA